AUGUCCACGACAGAUUUAAUUCCUGUGAUAUCAAAGAACUUUGUGAACCCAGACACCAUCUUUGCUAAUAAUCAGAUGAGUCUGCAAGACAUUGAGAUCUAUGGCUUUGACUAUGAUUACACACUGGCCUUCUACUCCAGUCACCUUCACACACUCAUAUUCAACAUCGCCCGAGACAUCCUCAUCCACGAGCACAGGUAUCCAGAGGGACUGAGGGAAUAUGAUUAUAUACCGAAUUUUGUGAUUCGUGGUCUGCACUAUGAUGUUCAAAAGGCCUUACUGAUGAAGAUUGAUGCCUUUCAUUAUAUCCAGCUGGGGACAGUGUACAGGUAGAGUGCAACAAACAUCUACUAUGAUGUUUUUACUGUUUUUAUAUAUUAUGUGAUUCGUGGUCUGCACUAUGAUGUUCAAAAGCUCUCGGAUUUCAUCAAAAAGAGCUCUCACGGUCACACCAUGAAGCAGUUCAUGGAUAUCUUCUCCCUGCCAGAAAUGACGCUGCUGUCAUGCGUUAGUGACUACUUCAUGAAGCACAACAUUGACUACGAGCCUGUUCAUCUUUAUAAAGACGUCAAGGAGGCCAUAGGAGACGUCCACGUCAGAGGAAUUAUGUAUCGAGCGGUAGAGGCUGAUAUCGAGAAGUAUAUCUGUUACGCUGAACAGACACAUGCUGUUUUACGGAAGCUAUCUAAGAACGGAAAGAAGAUGUUUUUGAUUACGAACAGCCCUUUUGAUUUUGUAGAUCGCGGCAUGAACUACAUAGUUGGUAAAGACUGGCGGGACCUGUUCGAUGUUGUCAUAGUGCAGGCCGACAAGCCAGGCUUUUUCAAUGACAGGAGGAAACCAUUCAGACGAGUUACUGAUAAAGGCGUGUUGCUAUGGGACAGAAUUCACCACCUUGAGAAAGGGCAGAUCUAUAAACAGGGAAACCUGUAUGAGUUUUUGCGGCUUACAGGCUGGAGGGGAUCAAAGGUUUUGUACUUCGGAGAUCACAUUUACAGCGACCUUGCCGACUUGACCCUGAAACACGGUUGGAGAACAGGAGCUAUCAUUCCUGAGCUGCGUAAAGAGAUCAAAAUCAUGAAUACUGAGGAGUAUGUCCACACCAUGACCUGGCUGCAGGCCCUGACCGGACUGCUGGAGCAUAUGCAGGUGCAUCGGGACUCUGCGUCACAAACGGUGAUUCAGCAGUGGAUCAAUGAAAGGGAGGAGAUGAGGUUACGUACCAAAGACAUCUUCAACGCCCAGUUUGGUAGUCUUUUCCGCACAUACCACAACCCGACCUACUUCACGCGCCGUCUCUCCCGCUUCGCCGACAUCUACAUGGCGUCCCUCAGCUGUCUGCUGAACUACGACCUCCAGCACACCUUCUACCCCAGACGCACACCCCUGCAGCACGAGUCUCCCAUCUGGCCCGAGCAGACCAGCACAGGAGCCAUGAACAUCCCCUUCCAGAGCCACAGCACAACCACCGGACCUGAGUAGAGAGGCCACACAAGACACUUGCUUUAAAAUGUAUGUACCACAGAACAGCUGCAGUUACAUCACUUUAAUCAGAUUCAGCUCUAGUUUUAAAGACACAUGUGGGUGAGUCACUUCAUAUAACUUCUGUGCUGUGGUACAUGUAAUCUUUGAAUACCUUAUUUUUGAUACCAUGUAAAACACUCUACAUGGACGAGAGAGUACUUAAGGAACUUUGUGGUGUUUUAAUGUGCCUCGUAGUGUAUUAGAGAUUUUAUUUUUGUAGUUUGUAGCCUUUCUUUCAUCACUGGCCUUCAUAAAUCUUA